UUUUUUUUUUUUUUUUUUUUUAAAAAGUUCAAUUAAGUGAAAGAAACCCACCCUAAUUAUUUGAUUUUCACUAAUUAUUUCAGAUCACAGCAACAUUUAAAAAAAAAAAAUUAAAUAAAAAAAUAUCAAAGUCCAACAGCAUCCCCUCGCCCCCAAUCUCGUAGCCCUGCUGUAUCUCUCCCAUCCUUACACCUUGUCCACCGAACUCACUCCUUCAUUUCUCUCUCCUCCCCAACAACACCCAACGCCGACCACGCGAACAACCAGCAACUGACUGUGGUGCCUCCUCUUCUCUUCCAUUUCUUGUUCAAUUAAGGUAUGCAAUUGCAUAUCUUGUCUUUAACUGGUGCUUCGAGUUGCUGUAUCUCUUCUUGCUCGCAGUUCUCAUGUUUAGAAGCAACAAUCUUGUUGCUAGAUUGUUUGAACGCCAGACUCGUGCUUCUACUCCUGGCACCAAUAUUCAUCGUGCUAGGCAGCUUUAUGAGAAUAUUGUGCCAAGUUAUACCAUAUAUGACGUUGAUUGCCCCGACUAUUCUUUUCGUAAAUUCACUGAAGAUGGUCAGUACCUGAUCAGCUUUAGUAAAAAUUACCAGGAGCUAAUUGUUUAUAGACCAUCAUGGCUAUCAUUUUCAUAUUCUGGAGAAGAGUGUGAUGCUCAUGAUCUCCCUUCGAGAGCAAACAAGUUUGACAGCUUCUUCACUCAGUUAUAUUGCGUAUCACUUGCAUCAACAGAUGAAGUUAUUUGCAAAGACUUUUUUAUUUACAAGGAAAGUAACCAAUUUGGACUCUUUGCAACUUCUACUUCACAACUUAACAAUGCUGCGUCCACAGAAGGUGCUGUACAAGGUGUUCCAUCCAUAGAAAAGAUUACAUUUCACCUACUAAGAUUGGAAGAUGGCAUUAUGUUGGACAAGAGGAUCUUUCACAAUGAUUUCAUUAACUUAACACAUAAUGUGGGUGUAUAUCUAUAUGAUGAUCUGCUCGCUGUUGUCUCACUCCGCUAUCAGAUUAUACAUAUACUCCAAGUUAGGGAAUCUGGAAAUCUUGUUGAUGUGCGUGUCAUUGGAGAAUUUUGUCGAGAAGAUGAUGAACUCUUCCUGCAUUCAAGUGCUCAAUAUGGAACAAUAAACGACAAUAAUAACCAGAGACAAGCUCUUGUGAACAACAAUGAAGGUGUUCCCAGCAGUGAGCAUUCUAUGCUAAGUGGAAUCAAACAGCGGUUACUUUCAUUCAUAUUUAGAGGGAUAUGGAAUGAAGAAGCAGAUGAAGCAAAUAAAGCAGCUUGUUUAUUCCUCUUGUCGUAUUGUAUUCAGCGGGUCCAACGGUUGAAAAAGAAAUUCUAUUUAUAUUUCCAAGUUUACGUUGACUUGAUAAUGUGGAAGGUUCAAUUCUUGGACAGACAUCACUUGUUGAUCAAAUUUGGUAGUGUCGAUGGAGGGGUCUCCCGAAAUGCUGACCACCAUCCAGCCUUCUUCGCUAUAUAUAGCAUGGAGGCUGCGGAAUUUGUAGCAUUUUACCAGAAUUCAGCAGAUGAGCUUUAUUUUUUGCUCGAGAAGUUUGCUGACCAUUUCCAUACAUCUCCAAACAAUUCAUUGCAUAUGAAAUUUAUCUCAUCUCAUUCAAAUAACCUCCACGCCUUUGAACAAUUGAUUUGCUUGAAAAAUAAGUCUGGCAGCUUUUCACAGUUUGUGAAGAAAACAUUGGGAUCUUUACCUUUCACUUGUCAGUCACAGAGUCCAUCACCCUAUUUUGAUCAGUCGCUCUUUCGGUUUGAUGAGAAGCUGAUUUCGGCUACUGAUCGGCAUAGACAAUCUACAGACCAUCCCAUUAAAUUUAUCUCAAGGAGGCAACCCAAAAUUCCAAAGUUCAAGAUUAAACCAGGCCCUGAAGCUGGGAAUUCAGAUGCUCGGGCAAAGAAGAUAUCCUCGUUCUUGUUCCAUCCUAUUCUACCUCUUGUCAUUUCCGUUCAACAAACUAUGUUCUCACAGUCUUCCGUUGUGAAUAUUCACUUUCGGAAAUGAUUAGUUCUUGUGGUUGUAUCUCUAAAUAUUCUCUUUUGGUACUGUAUAAUUUAGCAGUUAACAAUUUUGGCGGGAAAAUCGUGUCCAAGAGCUGAAUUUUGUAUCUAUGGUUCUUCCUCAAUUCUCUUUUGUGUGUUUUUGUCUGCAUAAGAAUUGACAGAACCUCUCUGAUGUAAAUGUUUUGAAAUAACUAAUCGACCAAUUAUUAUAAUAUCUAAUAUUUUAAAUCAUAAAAUAUCAAUGACUAACUAUUUUCUGUUGUGAUUUUAUUAUAUUGAAAUGCUUAUACAUAUAAAGUUGUAAUAUAUUUUUUCCAUUCCUUAAAAAAAAAAUUAAAAAAAAAUUUCUAUAUGCAUAAAAAAAGAAAGUAAAUUUUGUAUAUAACCACCCCUUAAUACAUCAUAUUUAGA